CGCACGCUCAUUUCUACCGGGCUCUCCCUCGCUAAGGAUGCUGCCGUCUCUCCUUCGCCUCCAUGAGGAUGCUGGAGCGCGCACAGACGGACGGAGGCAAGCGCACCGGGCCGCCUGAAAGCAGCCACGUCAACCUAAACGACCACUUAUUUAAACUUACAAGAACUAUGCACGGGUGUCGAUGCUGAAUAACCGGGGUGGACUCGUUCUGUAUGCCGCCCUCCCUUCCGCUCGUAAGCUGCAUCAGCUGUUGCUUUGGGAAAAGUCGAGGCGACUCCCACUCUAAGGGCACCGGAUACAGGCGUCACUCCACGAUGCGCUCUCCAUCUCCCUGACUCCACCUAAAACAGCGGAUGCUGACUGCCUCAUUAAUAUUUCAUCAGCACCUGGUAUCACAUCAGCAUCUCUUCUGAUGGAGAAAGCACAACCUCAGCAAGCACAGCCUCAGCUGUCUGGAUCCAAGGCUGGAUCGGAAGGUCCCGCAGAAAGCAUUACCAACCUCACCGACGAGGAGCUCCUCCAAUGGAGCAAGGAGGAGCUGGUGCAGCGUCUCCGGAGGUCUGAAUCCGAUAAAAUGAGCGCUAUACUGGACCACAGCAAUCUGAUUCGGGAGGUGAACCGCAGCCUCCAGCUGCAUCUGAAUGAGAUCCGGGGGCUGAAGGAGGUAAAUCAGAAGUUGCAAGAUGACAAUCGUGAACUGCGAGACCUGUGCUGCUUCCUAGACGAUGACCGGCAGAAAGGCAAACGAGUGUCGCGCGAGUGGCAGCGUCUGGGUCGCUUCAGCGCCAGCGUCAUGCGUAAGGAGGUGGCGCUGUAUCUUCAGAAGCUGACAGAACUGGAGCGCAAGCAGGAGGAGGUGAUACGGGAGAACCUGGAGCUCAGGGAGCUUUGCGUGCUGAUAGAUGAGGAGAAGGGAGGUAGCGGAGGCCACGGCGGAACGGGUUCUGUUGGAUGUCGCAAUUCCAUCGACAGCCAAAGCGGGCUUCUGGUACCCGGACUGAUGCGGGACGUGGGGGACGGAAGCAGCACGUCUAGUGCCGGUAGUGCCGACAGCUCCGAGCAUCCACACCAUAAGCAGCCACAGCCAUCCAGUGCAGGAACUGGCAAUAGCAGCCCGGAUCUCCAGAAGUCUCGUUUAGGGAAAGGAGACCGCGGAGAGAUCUCCAGCCCCGACCCUCCUGUUCGACACAGAAGCACCAGCUUGGAGUAUCCCUUCGUACUGCCCCAACCCUGCCGGCCUCGCUGUGGCUCCAUAUCCGUGCCUGAUCACCGGUUAAUUCGGGGGCUGAGUCCGGAAAAGUACGCCCGGUCGCUGGGCCACAGGAGCCCGGAGACUCACCCAAAGCACCAUCAGGCCAUGAAUCCAGAGCUCUACAUGCAAAGGCACAGGGGAAGUUUAGGAAGCGGACCUUGCAGCCCGGAACCUAGACAGGUCCUGCUGGGAACAGAGCUUCAUCAUGACAAAUGCAAAAUGGGAGGAAGCCCUGAGAUGUUGAGGCACCAGUACAGCAUGGGCCCUGAACACGGGAAGUUCGGCAGCCCUGGUCGAGAGACGUCGCCACGGAGAUUGGCGGGAGAUGAGCUGUCUCCACACCAUCGCAGCAUUUACAAUGGAGUUAAUGCUUUGAUAUCAGCUGGAUGUUGCAGCAACAACUGCAGGAACGUGAAGGUCUGGGACAGUUUCGAUGGUUCCUCUUGAAGACGCCUUGCGGAUAUUCCAUUCCUUCAUCUCGGGUGCGAGAAUCCGAGAAGUCAGGGCCCAUUUCAAUUGUCAACAGCAGUUUGCUUUGGGGACCCCGUGGCCAUGGUGCAGUGAUUUAAAAGAGACUAAAGUGAGACACAAAUGUUUUUCCUGCCAGUCCCGGUGUAAGAAGACGCUCGCACAAUACGCAGUCUCACCCACAUGCACACAACCAUACAGCCGUGAGUCCCCUGUGGUUUACAGAUGUUGUGCAUUUGGGUUAUCUCUACAUAUGUGUCAUUCUUACUAGCGAUAGGACACAUUAAACAAGAGGCUGCGGCUUAUUCAAAGGUGCUUACCUGUCCUAAUGUUUAUUUAUGCAGUUUCUUUUUUAACCAAAGCUAUCUCGACAUUGUUCGUUUCUCAUGGAGACCUCUUGAAAGGAGGGUCAGUAUCACAUUUGUUAUCUUGUUCAUAUCUCAGACACUGCUACGAAACAGACUUUGUAUAUGUUGUCAGUGACUAAACAGCCUCAUGAGUGUUUUGCACUGAUUUUGUGUGUGUGUGUGUGUAUGUAUGUGCAUUUGUUGGCUUUACAUUAUUCCCUUCCUCCGAGCUCCUGUGUAUAAGCCGAUGUUGUUUUAUAUAGACAGAAAUACAGCAUAGUACAUAUAGUAAAUUAAUGGAUUAGUUUUAUAUGCAUAUAUUGACUAUUAUUUUUGACUUAAAGUUAUUAUUAUAACAACAACAAUAAUAUAAAUAUAUCUAUGUGUAAAAUAUUAAAGGA